UUGUAUUUCAUUAUCUUAUAUAAUGAUUUUACUUGGUGAGGUGUGAAAUUCAAGAUGUGAAACCUUGAAUUUUCCUGAAUUGCUAAUGAAUUAAAUGAUAUUUAUCCCAAAGUUGAAAAAUACAUCCAAACAAUCACAAUCUUGGCUGGUGAGGAAUGCGAUUUCUGACUGCUGGUAAAUGCUGUAUUGAUUUGCAAAAUAUGGGUAUUAUUAAAUAGUUCAAGAUCAUCCUCUUUUUCGGCCAACUACACACUUUGCUAUACCCGAGCGCGUAUAGCAUUAAAUUGAUACUUUCACUCGUUGGCCGAGCAGACGGAUUUAGUGAAUUUUUUAAAUUUCCAAUCUGCACACGUACAGGCCGAAUACACUGUUACAUCAGAGGACGUUGAAGAGUGCAGUUAUUCAGUGAAGAUUAGUGCAUUUUAGAAAUUUCGCUAUGCUAAAUAAGGUAAUUGUGCUGUGCUGUUGCUUAUCAGCUACUGUAGCUGAUAUAGGAAGCGAAAGCGUCGUUACUCUUCCACCUGCACCUAAACCAUACGCGUUUGGUUAUGCUGCCGGAAGAUUUCCUGGGCACAUAGAUAGGACUCAUUCAGAAGUAUCUGAUGGAUCAGGGGUAGUCCAUGGUUCCUACGCCUAUGUAGAUCCCAGUUUCCAAAUCCGCAAAGUAGAUUAUAUUGCGGAUCACAACGGAUUUCACCCUGUUUUGAAUAAGAACGCCCCUGCUCUUCCAAACGACACGCCCGUAGUGGCUGCUGCUAAAGAAAUGCAUUUAGUUCAAUAUGCCAGAAUUGCUGAUCAACAUCAACAUGUGGCUCAAGGAGUGGUAGUGCCGCAAGAUUCCAACGCAGUCGAAUAUGCCAAAAACAAGCACCUGUAUCUGUUUCAAAAAAUUGCCGAAGAGCAUGCAAGAAUAGCGGCCGAAAGGGAAGCUCUCAAAUUAGCCCAGCACCCUAAUUCUUUAGAACAGGAAGGAGAUUACUAAAUUCCCCAAAUCCUAAAAAAUAUACAUUGUGUUAAUCAGGUACACAUCAUUCAUAUUAUGUGGAUGUCGUUUUUAAGUUUUUUAGCUUGCUCAAACUGCUACACCGUAAAACAUUUUUCAAACAAACCUACAGCAAUAAAUAAUAAAACAACGAUUUUAGAGUUAUAGAAAAUAUCUUUAUAUUGAAGGCAAUAAAUAUCAAACACAUCACUAACAAAAGCAAUGCUCUGACAUCGAUUCAUAGAUUCAAUAAACCAUUAUUUUCUUUGUACAAUAAUUUAACUAUAUAGGUAUAUGUACAAAAGAAAACUGAAAGAAAAAGGUCACUUUGGGAAAUAUUAUAACAACUUCUAGAAUACAGAGUUGUUUAAAGGAAGGAUACAAUUCGGAGACCGCUGAGGAACUGCGUAUUGUGCAAUGGUCAUAUGGGCCCCUAAAAACUUACAAACUAAACAAUACGAUUAACUAAAAAGUACGCGCAGUCUUCCCCAACUUAAUUACAUUUUCUAUAUUUGGUUUUUAUAAAUAUUUAUCUGCAAACAUUAAUACCGGGAAGACUCCGAACUGAAAAAGUAAAUGAUAUAAACCAAUUUGUUAUUAUACUGCUAAGCUAACAGGCGCGAAUUCUCUUGCCAUUUAUAGAUAAGAGUUUAAAAUUUACAAUACAACUUAAGAAACAUCAGUACAAAAACAGUAUUUUUUCAGUAAUAAAUUGAUUGAAAAUAAACAAUAAGAGAUACAAGUAAAUGGUUACGUGUAACGGGCAAUAAGAGAUACAAGUAUCUCUAUAUAUUGCUUGUAUCUGUUAUUGUGUAAUUUAAGACAUACUAUAAUACAAGAGGAUAAACAUAGAAAUGGUUUUGUAAGUAUUUGCGAGCUAUAAUCAGACUAAGUAUUUUAUAUCAAUUCGAUAGCUUAAGAACUUGUAGUGUAAUGUGUGAAUUAAACGAAAUUUAUUUAAAA